CAUUUACGAAAAGGUAACCUUGCCAGGUGUAAUGUAACACAUUUUGUUCAGCGCGUGUUACAAAUGAAAGUUACGGAGGCAACUUUGCGAAAGUUGGCUAAUUGACAAGAACGGGUCAGCUGGGGGUUGAUGAUGUUUGUGACAGGCGGAUCGAGAGGCUUUCAGCAGAGCAGGAAACAAGCAACUGGAGCAACAGAGUGAAGCUGAAACAACGACGACAUCAACAGCUCUUAGGUCGGCCGUGGGAUAUCCCUUCUUCACAAUGUAUAAAACAGACAGAUUAGCGGAAAUAAACUUGUCCACAUGUAUUAGGUGUUAAAAUAGCGGACGUGUGUAAGUUGAAGAACACAAGUUGGGUGAGGAAUCUGAACCCUGCUUGCAGUUGCGUCUAGCUAGGAUAGUUAGCUACUGUAACUGUUUCGGGAAAAAUGAAGGAGGUAAAGGGUUGCGGUAUGCGGUCCUCCGUGGGCUUUCUGUCCCAGAGAAGGCUUUUCGGAGACCCGCUACUGAAGGAAGAAUUCCAGAGGCUCAGGUUGGCAGGUUGUACGAGCCUUUACAAAAAGGACAUGUUGGGACAUUUCGGGUGUGUUAACGCCAUAGAGUUCUCCAACAAUGGAGGGGACUACCUUGUGUCUGGAGGGGAUGACCGCAGAGUCCUACUGUGGAACAUGGAAAAAGCGCUCCAUGCCCGCUCAGCCAAGCCUCUCAAGCUGAAGGGAGAACAUCUCUCCAACAUCUUCUGCCUGGCCUUCGACAGCACCAACAAGCGUGUCUUCUCUGGAGGCAAUGAUGAACAGGUCAUCCUUCAUGAUGUGGAGCGCGGAGAGACCCUAAAUGUGUUCCUCCACGAUGACGCCGUGUACGGGCUCUCAGUCAGCCCGCUCAACGACAACGUGUUCGCCAGCUCCUCUGACGAUGGACGCGUCCUGAUCUGGGAUACGCGCGAGCCUCCGCACGGAGAGCCCUUCUGUCUGGCCAACUACCCAUCAGCCUUCCACAGUGUCAUGUUCAAUCCAGCAGAGCCCCGGUUGCUGGCGACAGCCAACUCCAAGGAGGGGGUGGGGCUAUGGGACAUCCGGAAGCCUCGCACGUCUCUGUUGCGGUACGGGGGCAGCAUGUCCCUGCAGAGUGCUAUGUCGGUGCGCUUCAACAGUACGGGCACUCAGCUCCUCGCCCUGCGGCGCCGGCUACCGCCCGUGCUCUACGAGCUCCACUCGCGCCUGCCCAGCUUCCAGUUCGACAACCAGGGCUACUUCAACUCCUGCACCAUGAAGAGCUGCUGCUUCGCUGGAGAUAAGGACCAGUACAUCCUAUCUGGAUCAGAUGACUUCAACCUCUAUAUGUGGAGAAUCCCCAAAGAUCCAGAAGCAGGAGGCCCGGGUCGUGUGGUGAACGGAGCUUUUAUGGUCCUGAAGGGUCACCGCUCCAUCGUCAACCAGGUCCGGUUCAACCCCAGCACGUACAUGAUCUGCUCCUCUGGGGUGGAGAAGGUCAUCAAGGCUUGGAGUCCCUAUCGGCAGCCGGAGAGCCUGGGUGACCUGGAGGGCCGUGUGGAGGAGAAGUCCCGGAGUCUUUACACUCACGAGGAGUACAUCAGUCUGGUGUUGAACAGCGGCAGUGGCCUGAGCCAUGACUACGUCUCCCAGUCCACUCAGGAGGACCCCCGGAUGAUGGCGUUCUUCGACUCGCUGGUGCGACGGGAGAUCGAGGGCUGGAGUUCGGACUCGGACAGCGACUUGAGUGAGGGCGCCAUCCUGCAGCUCCAUGCCCGUGGGCGACGCUCCGCGCGGGCUAUCCGGGAGAUCACCGGGGUCACCACUCCUGGACCUCCUGCUGCCGCCGCCGACUCAGACCACUCCUCAUCAUCCUCGCUGGCUGCACCAGAGGCUGAGCAUCCUGAUGAGGGGGCGGAGCUGGGGCUACCGCAGCCGAGGCGGCGGGGCACCAGACGUCGGCGACACGGUCAGUCUGCGUUCUUGGUGGCCGACGACUCAGACUCUUCUGGGUUCUGGCCCGACCCUAUGCCCCGCCCCCGCUCCCCCAGCCCCCGGGACAACUCCACCCUCUCCAGCCCCGCCUCCUCACCGGCUGGAGCCUCCUCCAGCUCAGAAUCCUCAGACACCACCUCCUCCAGCUCCGAGGACGAGGAGCGGAGGAGGUCCAGCACCAGACAGCGCAACGCUACUCGGAAGCGCCGCAUGCACCUCCCCCAUCGGACCAGUGUGGGGCGCCCUGAUUCUGCCCAGGCCCUCUACCCCGGGGGGGUCGACUCCUGCUCCUACCCCAAGAUCUCCAUUGAUGAGGCGUCGUCGUCCUCCGCAUCCUCCACAGAGCUGAAGCGGAACCAGGAAGCGAGCCGGAUCAGGGCCCAAAGGAGUGGCUCGAAAACGGGGAUGUGUACGCGCAGGCCACACCUCCCCGGCUCCAGUCCCGCCGUGUCAGUGGACAGCCAGGAUGACCGGGCGGAGCAGGAGGGGCUCCUCAUCGCCUCCCUGCUCUCUCAGGACGCCCUGUCCAGGGCGUCGGGGGAGGGCGGAGCUUCUCUUGAGAGGAUGGCUGAGGGCUUGGAGAGUCCCGAGGAGGAGGAGGAGGAAGAUGAAGGUCACAGCAGCUGGAUCCGCCCUUCCUCUAGAUAUCACAGCCCCGGGGUGAGCAGGUGGCAACGUUCAGACCGGACUGAGGGGCCCGCGGGCUUCAGGGGCCGCCUGGCUCCCGACCUGUUGGAGUCUUCCGACUCGGAUGGCGUCACCUCGGAGGUAAAGCCAGCGGACAGCCGGACCGAGGAUCCGGAGGUGGAACGGAGUGAGUCCUCUCAGAAAGGCCCUGCCCAGGGAGCCUUGAAACGGACUCUCCUGGGGUCAGGGGGUCAAGGGUCGGGGGGCUCAGAGACCUCACCCUCAGAGAAGAAGUUGAAAACAUGAUGCCCCCCCCCCCCCCCCCCCCUUUUGACAGUUGAGAUCAUGGACGGGGCCUUUUAAAAGUGCACUAUGUUAGGGCUAAAAUAAAAACUUAGGGUUUUGGUUGAAAGUAGUGCACUUUGUAGUGGAUGGUGUGCCUUUUAGGAGUCACCCAGAGUCACUUGUAAAGCCGCCACAUACUCAAACUACACUAAUGCUGUGCUCUAGUUCGACAUCAUUUUGUGUGGCUCAAAUUUUGGAACAGACCUCUUAUGGCGCUAUGUUCGCCUAUAUUGUGUGGCAGGUUCAAGAGGGGAUUUUUUUUCUGGAGUUUCACAAUUCAAUUUCCUGUUUUCUCAUCCCUCUAAAGAGUCUCACAGUUUGUGUUUUUGAGACAUUUGGACGCGUUUUGCUUAGAGCUGUGGGCGUGGUUCUUACAGUCAAACAUACUAGAUAAUGAUUGGUCCCCAUAUUUGUCAAUCAGAGCAUAUAGGAUAAUGGUUGGUGCAAUAUCUCUGUGGUAGCAACAAUUUCUGGAACUUUUGGACAUCGUCAUCACUUCUGUGGUCUAACCACUGCAGAUGACAUUAAUAAUUUAAACUAAGUAAUACGAUUGACAUUAAUGGUAUUGUAAAUGAUCAUGCUGGUUAGUCUAAAUAAGGGAGAAAUAUUUUGUUAACUUGUUGUUAAAUAUCUUCUUUUUUUUUUUUAAGAGAAACCUGAAAAUUAGCUCAUUCUUUAACCUGAGACUUUCAGACAGUAUAUUUUAUUUCUGCCUUAACUUGAACUUUAAUUUAGAUUAUUCUUGGCGUGCAGUGUCAGCAAAUCCAUCGCAGUCUGAGGCAGUCUGAGGCAGUCUGAGGCAGUCUGAGGCAGUCUGAGGCAGUCUGAGGCAGUCUGAGGCAGUCUGAGGCAGUCUGAGGCAGUCUGAGGCAGUCUGAGGCAGUCUGAGGCAGUCUGAGGCAGUCUGAGGCAGUCUGACUGUCAGCUGAGUGGUACAUUACAGAUUAUAUGAUGUUUUCAGUGUUUAAGGUGGUUGUUUCUCUGUUCUCAUCCCUCUGUUACAAGCAGCAGCUAAAUGUCUUAUGUUUGUUUCUUCAAUUAAAGAAUCAUUCAUUCUCUGCUAAUGACACUGAUACUA